CCCGCUCAAACCAAAAUUGAUCUUUUUGCAAGAUCCGGUUCUUAUCCAUAUACUAAAGCGAAGAAUGAUAAGCUAACCAAAGCUCUUGUUAAGUUUAUUAUCCAGGACACACAACCAAUUAGUCUUGCAACAUCUCGUAAUAGACAGGGGUAUCUUGGAGUUACCUGCUCAUGGCUAGAUUCUGAUUUCAAAAUCCAUGAAGUAUUACUUUCUCUUACAUAUGUCAGAUACCCUCAUACUGCCAAUGUUAUCCAAGAAAAAUUAGAAGAAGUAAUUGAAAACUGGGGUCUCACCAGAAAGCUUGUUGUUGGAAAGGAUUUGAUGCCUGUUGAAGUACUCAUGGCACGCGCCAA